CCUCCAUUUGCGACAAUGACAUAGACUGGGAUUUGUUUGUUCAUAUAUUGAAUACCCCGGUCGGUUAUUAUACUGUUUAUUUCCCUUUUUUCCUUUCGCAUACCUACUAAACGAUGCAUGCGAAGCCGAACAUAUAAAUCAGAAAUAUAAAAGAUAAAUACCUGCGAUCAAAAUUACGGUCAACACAGCAACGCACAGCACACAAUGGACGCGCUCCUCUCAUUACCAGUGCUUUCUCUAUUCCUAGUCCCCACGAUCUCCUCAUAUAGCACGAGUCUCAAUAUAAUCUUCUUUUACAUGACAUGGACGACUCUCGUGCUGUCGCAUCCUCCGCUCCGAGUCGAACUAUUCGGCACCGCAGCCGUGCGACUCCUGUUCUUUCUACUUCCGUCGCUUCUGUUCUUCCUAUUCGACAUCCUGACCCCCUCCGCUGCUGUUGUUGUAAAGGCGCAGGGUGAAGCUGGUCUUCCGGCAGGAAGUAAACGGGGUAAAGUCAGAAUGAAGGAUCUCAAGGUUGCGGGAUGGGCUAUGCUCAACAUUGGGUUGAGCUUCGCGGCACAGGCAGCGAUAGAGGAAGUCCGGACAGAGCUAUUCGGGAUGCGGAGUGCAUUAAGGGUGUCGAUGAAAUUACCGAUGCCCUGGGAGAUGGUGAAAGAUCUAUUGCGGGGAUUGUUAGCAAGAGAGAUCCUAACCUACAACAUCCACCGCUUCAUCCUCCACUCCCCAGACUACCAAGUCUCCAAAUACCAUCGAAAAUGGUACCAUUCGCUACGAGCUCCCUUCCCCCUCACAGCACACUACGACCACCCAUUCGCCUACCUCCUCUCCAACUUCACCCCCACCUAUCUGCCCGCCAUGUUCUUCCGCUUCCACAUGCUCUCCUACCUCCUCUACCUUACCGUGAUAUCCAUCGAGGAGACAUUCGCCUUCUCCGGCUACUCUGUUAUGCCGACGAGCUUCUUCCUGGGCGGGAUCGCACGUAGGAUGGAUAUGCAUUUGCUCAGUGGGGCGGAAGGGAAUUUCGGCCCGUGGGGGAUCCUCGAUUGGAUUUGUGGGACUACUGUGGGAGGAGACGAGGAUGAGGAGGAGUUGGAGGAGGCUCUGAGUGAGAAGGAGAUGAUUGACGAGCAAAUUAGACGGGCGAUUGAAGAGUCUACGAGGAAGAGGAGGGAUGAACGGUAUAAGUUGAGGAGGCGGAGGAAUGAUUAUUAGGUUUGCUGAUGCAAUGUGAUGUAUACGGGUCAUGUUCUAGAAGGUUGGGGUAUGUGCCCUAACCGAUGAGUGAUGUCUUCCGGUUACGAAAUUUUGUUUCGCGUAUGGCGCGACGGGAAU